AUCCGUUAACUGGACAGUUGAAUGUCAAUCGUUCGUUAGUGCGCAUCAUCAGUUGAGAACAUGUGCCAUUGGAUAUAGUUGUGUGACAAAAUUUAAAUGAAGUUAGCUAUGAAACAAAUUUUUAUUAUUAUUUUCAUAGUAAUUGUUUGUUUCAGUGAACAAUAUACUUAUGGAAAACUUAAACAUAAUUCAAAAAGAAAAUUAAGUAGUUGUCACUAUGCAAAAGUUAUUAAGAAGAAAGAUUACGUGAAACAAAUUAAUGCAAAUAAGCCGGUAGUAUCAAAUUCUUCUGUUGUAUCUACAAGUCAAAUAUCAGCAACUAAGCAAGGACCUUGUAAUUGUGGUGGCGGUGUAUGUGGAUGUUGUUCCCGACUCUUAUUCAAUGUAUGGAAACAAACGGCCUGUGUAAGAGUUAGUUACGAUCCUGAUGAGUUUAGUUUCACAGCGAAAGUGUUGAUGAAUGACAUACUUUUAUACACGAGGACCGUAUCUGGAAAAAAUCCAAGACCAGUUUGUGUUCCUGUUCCUAGAUUUCCAACAGUGAGGGCAUGCCUACGAUUUUAUAACAUUUAUUUUCAAGGAAGAAAUGUCCAUGCUUGUAUGAACAUGGAGGGCAAAUUUCGUGAUACAACGUUAUUUAAGGUGGAAUUAGAUUGCAUGAGAUUCGGCACAAAAGGUCUAGCUUUCGUAAAACCCGAAGAUGGUGGUGGACUUGGUCAAGUUGUUCUUCUACCCGAUGGAAUUAGUGGAGGAGACGACUAUAGUGACGAAGAUUAUGAUGAUGACGAUGAUGAUGGCGAUGAUGAUGGUGACGAUGAUGAUGAUGAUGAUGAUGAAGAUGAUAUCUUUUGAUUUCUGAUUAUUAUACUGGUUGUACCGAAACGUAGUCAAGAAUUUUUGCAGUUUAUAUUCCAUUGAAAGUUUUAAACUCUUGUAUAUUUUAUCUUUAUUUAUUUAUUUAUUUACAUUCUGUAAUAUAUGUAUGUACUUUUAUAAUAAUUACAUUAUUUUGAAUUAAAUCAAAUUACCAAAAUUGUUUGUUCAUAAUAAAGCAUAUUAUAUUUUGA